AUGGGGCAGAUCGUAACAUUAACAUAGCCAGUGAAGCAUCGGCCGUCAGUGGCGUAUAGCAAUCAGGAAGAUUAGGGACAAAUUCUUUUGAGAUCACAUCGGGAACUCUGUUUCUAAAAAAAAGCUCAGAGAAAGGGCCGCUCGUUUCGUCAUUUUGAGACCCGAAAAGGAGGAUUUCUUCAUUCCCUGAAAAUUUUUCCGCAUGACCUGCAUCAUUUUGGGAGGUCUUACUCUUGUUUGGCUUAUUUCAAGAAAAGUAGACUGGAAAGGAGAGAAGUUAGAAGGAACAGUAAGGAGAUUCCUUUUGAGCUGUGUACAGGAGACGAGUCAUGAGCUGUCAGGAGGUGCCCAACCCCAGCCAGGAGCCGAAAGACACUGCCGUGGUCCCCACGGCGGCAGCAACCACGCAAGCUGUCCCCACAACCUCCCCUAAGCCUAUAUCUGUCACAGUAAAAUCUGAGGUGGCUUCCCCCACAGAGUCGGUGGCCAGUAAUGGCAAAGUGAGUGACAGCAACAUGCCUGCUGAGAUCUGUGUGGUUUUAGGGAGCAACUCCCACAACUCCCAAACACAAGGCUCUUAUGUUUGUGGAAUAUGUGGAAAAAAGUACAAAUACUACAACUGCUUUCAGACACAUGUCCGAGCUCACACAGAGUCGGAUGGCACUGCAUCUGGAGGAGGAGUAUCCCUAGGAAUCAAUAGUGCUUUCCGCUAUACAUGUGAUGUAUGUGGGAAAAAAUACAAGUACUACAGUUGUUUUCAGGAGCACCGAGACCUCCAUGCAGUUGAUGAUCCAUAUGACCAUGUGAUACCUGUAGAGGACCCAAAAGAGGAAUCUGAACCCUACCAGAAAAUGGGACCAAAAACAGGAAGUUACACCUGCGAGUAUUGUGGAAAACAGUAUAAAUACUUCAAUCCUUAUCAAGAGCAUGUGGCUCUUCAUGCUCCAUUGAAGGGAACAUAUGGCCUUAAAAUGGAAGGGAAAAUAUCUAGCCAGUCAGGACAGUCUAGUCGUGCAGACAUCAAUUCCCAGAACUCGAGUGAUACCCCAAACAGCCGGGCUUUCAGUUCCCUCCCCAACUCUCAGAAAACCUACGCGUGUGGAGCCUGUGGAAUUCAGUUUCAGUUCUACAACAACCUCUUGGAGCACAUGCAGUCCCAUGCUGCUGAUAAUGAGAAUCAUAUUAAAGAUGAGUCUCCGAAACCCUGCCAAGUGCCUGCAGCUACACAGGAACAGAUGUGGAAACCUCCACAGCCAACCCAACAGAGGAGCCAUGUACCCUCUUAUCAGAAUAGAUUGCUCCCAGAAAAAGAGAGGCAACAAGUGGCUGAGCGUUUACUGAGGGUUAUGUGUGUAGACCUUGGCCUUCUGGGUGUUCUCAGCAGUAAAGAUUUCCUAAAACUGGCUCAGACCCUGGUGGACACUGGUGCACGAAAUGGGGCCUACUCAAUCCGUGAAGCCCUGGGAGAUAUGAGCUCGCUAGCACUAAAGCAACUCCCUCGUAUGUAUAAUCAGGUGAAAGUGAAGGUGACCUGUGCCCUGGGUUCUAACUCUUCCUUAGGCAUUGCUGUGACCUGUCAUUCACAAACUCUGGGACCCGAUUCCUGCUACUUGCUAACAGCAUAUCAAGUAGAGGGUGUGCGACUCCGACGCUACGUGUUGGGACUCAAGGAGGCCUCUCUAAGGGAGAGUCCAGAGCAGAUACAUCACUGGGUCCAGAUUGUUCUCUCCGAGUUUGUCAUGUCAGAAAUCCGUACUGUCUAUGUGACUGAGCCACGUUUGUCUGCGUUAGCAUUUUGUGGUCGCACCGGAGUUAGCCUUCAUUGUGCAGGUUGUUCUGUAACAGCCACAGUUCAGGCUGUUAUUAGCCGUCGCAGCCUGCAAGCGCGAGGACUCCAUGAACUAGGUGAGCUUCUGGCAACAUGCUGUGACAUUGCCGCAACGACUAGCUUUAGCCGUGAGGGUAAAGCCGCAGAAGAAUCAGCCGCUCCGCCCUGUUGGGAUCCAGUCGUAGAAGCUUUGCUCAAGGUUCAUGACAACUUUGAGGCCACCUGUGAAGCGUACGGCCGGUCCAAGAGCACUGUGCCACUCUUGCAGGGCCUGAACAAGCACCUUCUUGGCAUGCUUGCAUGUUUGCUAGCACCGCUAAGACAGGCAGCACAGGAGCUAAGUGUCGAACACAGCCCCACCCUGCAGCACGUGCUCCCCAUCUACCUCCGUCUUGAAAAACUUUUCACCUCCAAAGCCGGUGAGGUGGGUGCUGGCAGCAAACUCUGCCACUACUUUCUGGAGGCCCUGAAGGAGAACUUCAAAGUGGAGCGUGUCCAUCAAGUUGCAAUGAUCCUGGACCCACAGCUAAAGCUGCGGCCCGUCCCAGCGUACCAACAUGAGGACAUCAUCUCACGGGUGUGUGACAUGGCUGCUAAUAUGAGGGAAACGGGAAGUGGUGGAUCUGGAGGGACAUCUGUGGAUGAAAGGGAUAGCGACGGACCCUCAGCGGCCAAGCAAGGGCGCCUGGACUGUGGUGGGUUAGAGAGGGUGCCAUGCGGGGCUGACGAGCCACAGGUACGAAAAGAGUUGUUCCAAUACCUCGGUGAACCACUGUUAAGUGGCAUAGGUGACCUGUUGCAGUACUGGAGUUCUGUCGUGGACAGAUACCCCAGGCUGGCACAGUUAGCACUGUGGUUGCUGGCUGUACCGGCCGUAGCUGUACAUGGAGAAUGUGUGAACAUCUGCAAGCAGACCUUAGCCAUGAGGAGAAAGCAGCAGGUCACUGCAGAGGAGAUGAACAAGCUGGUCUUCCUCAAGAGUAAUUUUGCUUGAGGCAGCUCAGGGCUUUCAGCUAAUGGCAUCACAGACUGUUUUGAAUCAAGACUUCAGUGAACCAGAUUGACCAGUGUCUUUUCAUUACCCUCUAAAAACAAAAAAAAAAACUGACGCAAGUGUCUACCAAUGAGGCACAUGAUAAACAUUUGCAAAGGAAAAAUACACUGACAAUUGAUGGACAAAUGCCUUUUCAGUUUGUAAUUUGGCUUUAACUACAGAGCAACUCAUUCUGCCCUGGAUUUAUACUGUUGUUUUUAAUAUAUCAGUUGACCAUAACUUAAACAAAAGUGUCAUCUGUUUGAUGACAGUAUGUGGUUCAUCCAUCCCUCUUAAAUCAUUUUGUAGACAACAUCAGAGUUUCAGUGAAUGAGUUGUUGAAAUUAUCAACCACCUUUUAUCGCAGAUAAAAACUGGGUAUUUAGAAAAAGCCAUGAUUUGCAAUUACACCUUUACAAAAAUCACACAAAUCUCAAUGAUUCCUCUUUGUGGUUAAGCAGUAGGCCGAUCAACUGUAUAGAUCUAAGUUUUGUCAUUGGUGUGCCCUGAUAUUGUAGCCGGUUAACUGCUUUCAGUGUGUUAAGCUCAGUGUUAUACAGUUGCAAGAGUUUAUGGCCAGCAGAACUCAAUUUUUAAGUUAGUGCUUUUUAUUUACAUUUUCACAAAACAAUUGCAAAAACAUGUCACAUAGCACAAGGUACUCUCAAGCUGACUUUUAUGCCUUGGACCUUUUUGUAGCAGCCUUUUCCCCUCACUGUUAUAGCUCUGGCAUCAUGUCUUUCUACAAUACAAUAUACUGUAGUUAAAACAUUUAUUUUGUGUUUUAACCUAAUAUUAUUGGGAAUCAGAAGAAUAUGGAAUUGUUCUCUGAAGCUGUGCAACUUUCUGGUACAGUUAUGUGCAACGAUACUGAUGUUGGUUCUGAACCAGUUUAAAAGGGGCUAAAAUUAAAUCUCUCACUGUUUCAGUACAACCCACCUUGAACAGAAGCCGCUAAUUGUAUUAUUGUGUGAACGCAUUCUUAUUGUUAGAAGUUAAAGAAAUCUAAACGAACACUUCAUUUAUUAAUGCACUGGAUUUGUAUUAUCCACAUUUUCCUCAUUAAUCUUUAGCAGUUUAUUAGAAUAGUGAAAACCUUGCAUAGAUUAGGACCAAAGUAUCUUUUAAAAGUAGUUUGCCAUUGCGAGUAAUUACCAUUUUCUUUCAAACAGAUUUGUGAAUUUAUCCCAUAAAAUGUGUACUUCGCGUAAUCUACGUAAUUAAAUUAAUGCGUAAUUUAUCAACCACAUGAAGUUUCACCUGCUUUGAACAACAUUUUUAAACACAUCAGUGAAUGAACAGAAGUUCUUUCUUCCAUGAUCAAAUACAUUAUUUUCAAGAGUAUUUUACUUGGGGGUUCCCAUAGUCAUGGAAAACCUGGAAAUAUAAGGGAAUUAAAAAAAUUGUGAUUUCCAGACUUAGAAUAGUCAUGGAAAAAUCAUGGAAUAUUUUGUAGUUCAUAUAUUUUUAUUUAUUAUGCUCUGUCAUAAAAUAUUUAAUCGGGGUCUUGCAUUGCACUGGAUAAAAAAAACACUGUGAAGAGUUUAAAAUGUUAUUUUGAAUACCUGACCAAUUAGGGACAACAAUGUUCCACUAAUUCCCACUUCAUUUUAGGAUUCACAUUUUCAGGCUAAUUGUCAUUUACCCAUUUAUUUCAGUGAACUGUCUUUCUUUGCUAAUUUUCACAUAACCUACUUUAGCAUAUAAAAUUAGCUUUUACAGCUAAGUGUAGCAUGCCAGGAAAGUGCACCUUUAACAAUGCCUUGCUCAGCAUGGCCAGAUAUGAAAAAUGUCUGGCAAAGGAUCGGGAUCCUACGGUGAACGGGAAGGGACAGAUUAGAUUCACUUUCAUUGCCUAGCAAUACUCAAGGGACCAUCUGAAAAUUCCACCCACUAUGCUUUUGACAUGCAAGUUAACAAAAAAAAAACAGUAAAAGUGCAGUAUUUUCACAUUUCAAAGGUUGUAGUAAGUUCCCAGUGGAUAGACUAAUUUACUACAGUUGAGAUUAUUAAAGUAAGUCCAAUUAUAUGAAUAUAGUAUUUUAUUAUUUUAGGAAAACAAAUCACCCAAAUUUGCCAAGAUGUCAUGUUCACAUUUCAGAGGAUGUCGGAGGUUCCUAGUUGAUAGACUGACUUACUAUAGGUAAUAUUUUGCCAGUAUGCGCAAUUAUACAGAUGCUGUUUUCAAAUAUUAUAAACAAAAUUCACCUUAAUGACAAAAGCACAUUCUAAAGGCUUCUAGGUAAACUGUCUCAGAGGAGCAUGCCCAGGGAGGUUAGUGUUUGAAUUAGGGUUAGACUGUUCUCUGUUUGUAAGAAAAACACUUUCCAUUGAAUUGUUGUUCCAUAUAUCAAGCAUUAGCAAACACUAUAUAUAAAAACAUUAAACUCAAACCAAACUCAAAGGAGAACUUGCCCAGCUGGGCCUACAGCCUUUAAAAUGUGAAAAUGUCUUUUAGAUCAAUUUUGGUGUUUCCCCUUUUUUAUAUAAAAAGUUUGCAUUCCCUGGCUGAAAUUAUGACAUUUUGGCUUUGAUUUUGAAAAGAUGACUGAUCAUGCAAAAAUAUUUUUUAUUUAAGGAUAGUGAUCAUAUGAAGCCAUUUAUUAUCACAUAGUUGUUUGGCUCCUUUUUAAAUCAUAAUGAUAACAGAAAUCACCCAAAUGGCCCUGAUCAAACGUUUUACACAACCUUGAAUGUUUGGCCUUGUUACAGACACACAAGGUGACACACACAGGUUUAAAUGGCAAAAAAAGUUAAUUUCCCCACACUGGUGGCUUUUUAACUUGCAGUUAGUGCCUGUGUUUAAAUAGUCAAUGAGUUUGUUAGCUCUCACAUGGAUGCAUUGAGCAGGCUAGAUACUGAGCCAUGGCGGGCAGAAAAGAACCGUCAAAAGACCUGUGUAACAAGGUAAUGGAACUUUUAUAAAGAUGGAAAAGGAUAGAAGAAGAUAUCCAAAGCCUUGAAAAUGCCAGUCAGUGUACUGUUCAAUUACUUAUUAAGAAGAGGAAAAUUUGGAGAUCUCUUAAUACCAAGCCAAGGUCAAGUAGACCAAGAAAGAUUUCAGCCACAGAUGAAUUGUUCGGGAUACAAAGAAAAACCUACAGGUAACCUCAGGAGAAACAAUGCCUAUAGUGAAAAGAAUACCAUCCCCACUGUGAAGCAUGGUGGUGGGUCACUAUUGAUGGCAAGAUGAAUGCAGCAUGUUAUCAAAAUACUGGCAGACAAUUUGCAUUCUUCUGAAUUUCCAGCAGGACAAUGACCCUAAGCACAAGGCCAAGUUGACCCUCCAGUGGUUAAAGCAGGAAAAAGUUGAAGGUUUUGGAUUGGCUAUCAUAGUCUCCUGACCUUAGUAUCAUCAAGCCACUCUGGGGAGAUCCCAAACGUGUGGUUCAUGCAAGACGACCAAAGACUUUGCGUGACCUGGAGGCAUUUUGCCAAGAUGAAUGGGCAGCUAUACUACCUGCAAGAAUUUGGGGCCUCAGACAACUAUUUACAAACUUUUAUGUAUACAAACUUUUGUGCACAACUGCAUAUAGUAUAUUUGAAUACUGCAUCUGUUUAAUUGCACAUGCUGGAAAAUCUCACCUGUUGUUAGUCAGUCUACCCACUGGGAACUUACUACAAAUUGUAGUUAUUUUUUAAUUAUUAAUUUAUUAAUGAAAUGUUUUCAGUUUAACUUAUGAAACAACAGUGUUUUUGUUUUUUUGUUUUUUACAAAUUUACGAUUGUGAUUUGGUGCCAUUUUCAGAAUUAAAGGCUAAAUGUUUGGACAUGGAAAUGAGCUUUCAGGUCAUGGAAAAGUCAUGGAAAUUCAUUGGUUGAAAAGAGUGGGAACCCUGUAGUUUUAAUGGAAAGAUGUUAUUAGCAUUAUAUAAUUUGUCUUUUAAUGCUUUGACGAUAUUUGUGAUUAUGCAGCUAUGCAUGCAGACAAUAUAAGAAUUUAUGUUUAAGUAAGCCAGAGAUGCUUGCAGGAAUCAGACAUAGAGUCUAUGUUCACACAGCUGUAAUAUCAACCUUUCUAUGAAACAUGUCAGAAAAUAGGGCUAUUGAAAAAAUUCCUGUCUGCUGUUGUACAGUGUGUUCAGGACAAUUUGAGUCACAGCUGUUAGUAAAUGGGGUUUAAUUCCAAGUCCAAACCCUGACUGUGUGAACGUAGUCAUAAAGCCUGAAUUGCUUAAGAAAUAGUUAAUUCAAAAACAGUUCUGCUGAAGAUAAAUCAAGCGAGGACGCAUGUAAUUUGAUGAGGUAUUUUAUGUACCCAAAAAUCAAGAUGUUGAUACUGGCUAGCAUGUGCAGAAAAGUUUGUGUAAAAAAAAAAAAAAAAAAAGUUUUAAUUUUGCCCAGAAAUAGAAACAGCUGCUGUCGUGCAUUGUUGUAUUUCUCUGUAACCACAAGAGGGCAGAAGUGUCUUUGCGAAGUGUCUCAAACACCUUACCUCUGUUUUCUAUCUAAACAUUUCAGAUAUUUUGAUAAACUCAGUCUAUGAAUAUGAUGGACUACAUGAAUGUUUUACUUUUGUGUUUAUUUUUCUGAAUGAAUGUGUGUAAUGCAUGUGUCUUUUGGGAAAUGUGAAAAGUAGUAGAAUGCAACAUGCUCCUAAUAUCUCAAAGUAUAGAACACUGUUUAAAUCACAACUAUUUAUGGAUACAUCGCAGUUGUUAAUAUUACUCUGUUUGUUUGAGGACCCCCUCCCCCAUUUUAGCAGUAGGUCUAAUUUAUACUUUUUUAACAACACUAUUUUUAUAUCAUGACUGAUAAUAAAGUUUUCUCUCAUUAUUGUCAGUAGUGUACUGCACUGUUCUGAGAAUCUAUCUACUCCUGUAGUAUGUGCUGUG